UCUCUUCGACAAUCUCCACUGCUCCAUGACAAUGGAAAUAUCUAUUACAGCUUUCUCGUUUGCUUUGCUUGCUGGUUUAGCUUCAUCACUAGUCCCUGUGGUUCAAGCCCAACAGAUUCCAGGUUUUAUCAGUAUUGAUUGUGGAGCAACUGAUGAAUACACUGAGGUUGACACCACAAUAAUAUACAAAACCGAUGAAGGGUUCAUAGACUCUGGAAAAAACAAGCAGAUAUCCUCAGUGUUCAUAAGAGAAGGCCUUCGACCGUUUUUUAUUAAUUUAAGGAUUUUUCCCAACGGAACGAGAAAUUGUUACACUUUAAAACCAGACCAAGGCAAGAACAACACCUACUUGAUCAGGGCAAGGUUUUGGUAUGGAAACUAUGAUAAAAAGGAUCAGGCUCCUUCAUUCGACCUAUACAUUGAUGUUAAUUAUUGGACCACGGUGGACUACUCGGAUCGUAGUUAUGAAGAAAUCAUGUACGUGUCCUCGGCAGAUGAUAUACAAGUGUGUCUUGUCAAUACUGGCAAGGGGGUGCCCUUCAUUUCGGCAUUGGAACUAAGACAUAUAGAUGAUGAUGGCAUCUAUCGAUUAAGAUCUGGAUUCUUGGAACUCCAAUGGCGAGAGGACAUCGGAGGUGCCCCGGACUCUUUCAUCAGGUACCCUGACGAUGUUUACGAUCGGAUUUGGGCGACGAAAAACUAUCCUAAUUGGAUCUCUCUAGACAACACAUCUAUCAUUAAUUCAUCUGACAAUACUGAUGCAUAUAAAGUUCCCAGCAAAGUUCUUCAGACCGCUCAACGUUCAAUCAAUGCCAGUACUCCCUUGUAUUUACAAUGGAAACCUUCAAGCUCUGUAGAGACAUGGACUGUGUAUUUUUAUUUCGUUGAUAUUAAGAGACUGACAAACGGCCUCCAGAGGGAGUUCACAAUUUCCAUGAAUGAUAAUCAAUUCAGGGAGACAGUGAGCCUUGAAUACUUAAAGCCAGUGGUUGUAGUCUCCGCUCCUAUUAGUGGGUUGCCCAUCACCUUCUCGAUUGAAUCGAUAAAUAAGUCUGGAUAUCCACCGAUCCUCAAUGCCGUGGAGUUCUAUGCCAUUCGUGAUCCUCCAAAUGUACCCACAGCACAAGAUGAUGUGAAAUCUAUUAAUGACAUCAAAACAACGUAUCACAUUCGGAGAGAAAGCUGGCAAGGUGACCCAUGUGUACCAAGCAAAUACACGUGGAAUGGUCUAGAUUGUAGCUAUGGAAAUCCUCCAAGGAUUAUAUCAUUGAAAUUGAGCUCGAGCAAUUUGACAGGCGACAUAGUCUCAUCACUGUCACAUCUGUCAACAAUGGAAUACUUAGAUUUGUCUGACAAUCAGCUUACAGGAGUGAUACCAGAAACUCUGGCAGGAUUACCAAAUCUUAGAUUUCUAAAUUUAAGCAGAAAUAACCUGAUUGGAUCGGUUCCUGAAGCUCUUAAGAAAAGGGUCGUGGACAGAACUUUAAACAUGAGCUUGGCAGGAAACAAGAAUCUUUGCCUAGCUGAUCCUUGUCCGCAGAAGAAGAAACAAAAUUCCAUCCUCAUUCCAAUUGUUACAUCAGUUUCAAGCUUCUUUUUAGUUCUCUUUGGUGCUUUAGCUAUCGUUUGGUUAAUUAAACAGAGACGAAAAGCAGAAUCUAGUGAAAUAACGUUGAGAUUAAAGAAUCGACCUUUCAAGUAUACAGAGGUUUCAAGAAUCACUGGAAAUUUUGGACGAGUGAUUGGUGAAGGUGGAUUCGGAAAGGUUUAUCUUGGUACACUAGAUAAUGGCACCACAGUUGCUGUGAAGACUCUCUCUAAAUCAUCAAAGCAAGGGUACAAGGAAUUUCAAGCUGAGGUGCAACUCUUAAUGCUUAUUCAUCACGGAAACUUGGUUUCUUUGUUUGGAUAUUGUGGUGAUUCCAGGCACAUUGCUUUAAUAUAUGAAUACAUGGCCAACGGAAAUUUAAGGCAACAUUUAUCAGUUAGGAUGCAUCCAACAGAGGACCAUCCAAAGGUCUUGACGUGGAGUAAGAGAAUACAAAUAGCUAUGGAUGCAGCAAAAGGUUUGGAUUAUUUGCAUAAUGGUUGCAAGCCACCCAUCAUCCAUAGAGACUUGAAGACUACGAACAUUUUGUUGAACGAAGACUUCCAAGCCAAAAUAGCUGAUUUUGGCCUAUCAAAAACUUUUGUGACUCAAAAUGACUCUUAUGUGUCAUCUUGUCCCGCGGGCACUCCUGGCUACAUUGACCCCGAGUUUCAUUUUUCUGGAAUCUUUAAUAGGAAGAGUGAUGUUUAUAGUUUUGGAAUCAUACUCUUUGAAUUGAUCACGGGCCAAUCUGCAAUAAUGAGAAGCCAGGAUGGCAAUGCCAGAAUGCACAUACUUCAAUGGUUGAUUCCUAUUGUUGAAAGUGGGGAUAUAGAGAAGAUUAUGGAUCCAAUGUUACAAGGAGAAUUCGACGUCAACUCGGCUUGGAGAGUAACGGAGAUCGCUAUGUCCUGUACGCGAUCAACAGCAAGUCAAAGGCCGGACAUAAAUGAUGUACUAGCAGAGUUGAAAGUGUCUUUGGUGAGCAAAUCAAGCGGUUCCUUUGAAAUUACCUCCCCAGAGCUCCAUUCUGACAAUGCCCCUAUGGCAAGGUAGUAGAACUUUUCCAAUCCAUAAAGGCUUUGUCAACAAAUUUGUACCAUCAUAUAUUUUUUUAAUUGCAUCAUCCAUUUCCCUUUUCUUAUUAUAAAUAAAUCUGCAAAACUCACUUUUGAACAAUGA